AUGGCCAGGAAAUGGCAAAAGAUGGCUGCAAAGGGAAGGAAAAGGAUCUCAUUUGGUGUUGUGCCCAAGAGCAGUACAAGCAAGAAUGCAGUUGCAAUUGCAGAGAAGGGACACUUCAUCGCUUAUGCAUCUGAUGGCAAAAGGUACACGGUUCCCCUGGCUUGCCUCCAACGACCAAUCUUCCAGGAGUUGUUGAAGAUGGCCGAAGAAGAGUUCGGGCUGAACAUCAAUGGUGCAAUCACAUUCCCUUGUGAUUCUACAGUCGUUGAUUAUAUCAUGUCACUUGUGCAGAGAGACAUGUCAAGGCAGAUCGAGGAAGCAUUGGUUGCAUCUCUAGGCAGCAGUAGAUGCUUCUCAUCCUCUGUCCUGCCACAGAGCUAUCCUUACCAACACAUGCCCCUUGAAGGGUUUUAA